ACAUUUUGAGCGAUGAGUGUACGGAGGUCGAAUGUGACGUAAAUGCGCACUCUGACUCUUCGCUUCCGAGUUACCCAAAUACAACUACAUUGAAGUUCCGCGUGUGUAUUUUUGAGCGUAUAACUAUCAUAGAAAAUAUAUACUUAAAGGUCAGGUGUACCCAUGGGGGGUAAAAACAAACAACGAACAAAAGGAAAUGUUCGGCCGUCUAGCAGUGGCCGAGCUGCGGAGGUUCUGACCCGGGAGGGUGGCAUCAUCCCGGGCUUCAUAGGGUUUGGCUCCACGGCCACUUCUGAGCUGAGCUAUGUUCCAGCUGUACACGGAGCAGAGGACAUAGACAACCUGGUGGAUGCAGAUUUUCGCUUGGUGCUGCGGAAACUGUCAAAGAGGGAUGUAGUCACAAGACUGAAAGCUGUUCAGGACUUUGGAUCCAUGUGUCAGGAACGGGAUGCUGAAGAGGUUAAAGGAGUUCUGCCAUACUGGCCGAGGAUUUACUGCAAAAUAUCAGUGGAUCACGAUCGUCGCAUCAGAGAGGCCACGCAGCAGGCAUUUGAACAGCUGGUGCUCAAAGUGCGACGGAGUUUGGCCCCCUUUCUGAAGAGUUUGAUGGGCCACUGGAUUCUGUCCCAGUGUGACACUUACACACCUGCAGCCUCCGCGGCGUGCCAGGCCUUCCAGGCUGCUUUCUCGCCCACCAAGCAGCCUGAAGCUCUGAGCUUCUGCAAGGAUGAGAUCCUCAAUGUGCUUCAGGAUAUUUUGUUAAAGGAAACAGCGGACACAUUAAGCGAUCCACAAAGUGUUACGGAGGAGGAAAGAGAGGCCAAGUAUGUUCGCAUGCUGACCAGCGCCCUGUUAGGGGUGAGAAGACUGCUCUCCCUGCUGCUUCAGAGUGACAGGGUGGCCCUCGAGGAGAGACUGACACAAUUCGUUAGUUCUGGGAGGUUUUGGAAAUACAGCAAACACAAGACACCACAGGUGCGAGGGGCCUUUUUUGAGAUGGUGUGUGCUCUGUGUGAGUUUACUCCAGAACUGGCCAAAGCUGAGGCAGCUCACCUCUGCCCUGCUGUUCUCCUGACUAUAGACGACACAGAUCCUGUUGUGCUGCCUCCCGUGUGGGAAGCUGUUCUCCAUGUGGUGUCUACUAUUCCUGACUGCUGGACACACGUCAAUGGCAAAAAAGGCUUCCUACCCAAACUUUGGGCUCUAUUGAGAGAUGGUGGUAAAGGCAUGGCCAAAGCACUCCAUCCAAAUCUGCUGCCACUUCUCAGCAAGUUGCCAGAACAGGUCACAGAUCCAAGCUUGGACUUUUACACAACCUUCUUCACUGCCUUCAUACAAGGCCUGUCUAGUGAGCGAGCAGCGACAAGCCCAUCAGAAAGCGCGCUGAUCGUGACCUCUUUUGUUGAGUGUUUGCGGUAUUGCAUACUGAGAAAUGCAGAAGAAGAGGAGUACCAGGGAAAAAUAAGGAGCAUGCUUAUUUUACAACAGCUCCUGCCUUUAUUGGAAAAGGCUCUCAAGGAUCCUUCCCUUCAGAAUGGUCCUCUUUUCCUAAUGGUCACUGAAAUGCUGAUUUCCUGGGAGAAGAGGGCUGGUUUGCAUGGUGAAGUCAAGAUAAAUGAUGGCAAGGACAUCUUUGAAAGACUUCUGGCAGACUUCUGGGAGGAACUCGGCCUUUUGUUUGUGCGAUAUAUUGACAAAGAGGAAGCAGAUUCCCAGAUUCUGGAAGGGGUAGCCAUCUUGCUGCAGGUUAUGCGUUACCCUGAAAAAGCGAGCAAAAGACACACCCAGAAGAAGAAGUCUGUCAGGAUGCAUAUACCAAAGUCAGAGGAGGAUGAGAAGCCUGGAGUUGAGGGAGAUGGGAAUGAGAAUUAUGCCCAGACUGUGUCGGAGCUCGUGAGUGAGCGAGCGUUUGGAUCCCUGCAGACGCAGCAUUUUGAAGACGUCGUGUGCCAACUGACACAACUGUGCCUGGUGCAUGUCAAUGAGAAAAACUCAGAGAGACAUCUUGUUUUCCUCUCCCUUCUCUUGCGAUCUUUCCACACACCUACGGUCUUUAGUACCUUGGUUGAAUUUGACAAAAAACCAACAGAAGAUGAUAAGCAGAGAAAUGAGGAGGUGAUGAAAAAUCCAGCAAUGCAGUUCCUCCUGGAGCGAGUGGUGGUUUGGCUGGCCGAAACGGGGCGCACUGACACUGAGCACCUGGUGGAGAUGGUUUUCAGCUCGCUGUACUGCUGCAGCCGUCAGGAGACCACCCGCAUCCUCAACCACAUCACCACGAUGGGCUUACGUUGGGGAAUUAUCCUGCAAAUUAUCCAGAGGGCAUGUAAAGAUCCUGGAACUUUAAUAAACUGCAGAGAUUGGCUUAAGGGUUCAGUUCUGGGCGAGCAACUCCUGGUACUGACGGCGGAGCUCUGCAAAAUGGGGAGCAGCUCUCCCACCUCUUCUUCAAGCAGCCACAGCUGGACACUUGUCAGUCUGGUCCUCUCUCAGAAAGACAACAAUGAGUCCCUCAUAGGAGAGGUUUACAUGGAGAAGAUCUUAGAGAAGCUCCACACAACUCUCUCUGAGACAAAGACUCUGUCAGACGCCGGCAACAUGGAGCCGCUCGUCUCCUUCAUCUGUGAUGUGGCCUCCUCUUUUUUCUCUUCUGUACAGGACUGUCUUAUGCUCCUCUCCGCUGAGGAGCUGUUGCUCACUGUGUUUGAACUCAUUGCCCAGGAUCAAAGGCACACUCAUCUGUCUGACUCCCUUCUGGAUAAACUGAAGAAUGUAUGCGCAGCUGGGGUCAAGUCCUUGGUGCAGCACUGUGAUUAUGAGGUCCAGGAAGGUGGUUUCCUGCACAGUGCUGCUGUUUGGGUGACGAAGCAACUGCUAAAUGUUUCACUAGAUAUUAAAAGUUUGCAGGUUCUAGUAGCAGCCGUACAAAGUUUAGUUGAGACAAUCAUUUCAGUUGGCGAUCAGGCCACGCCCAUCCUCAUCCACUUCUUUACCCUGUUGACACCAAAUCAAACAGAAUGGACGACAAUCAGAAAGGCUCUGCCUCCCCAGUGGGUGAAAACACCUUUACUGUCCCGCCGUCACCGUGCAGUUUGUGCAAAACCGUCCAAGCAUACAUGGAAGUUUCAGGAGUUUCAUAAACUGCCAGCCCACCUGUGUGUCUCUGCACUCUUGGGAAGAGUUGCCCAGAUUGCUGCAACAAUUAUAUUUGGUGGCCAAAAGGAAGUGGACUGCCCUUCACUCCUACCAAACCUAACAGACACAGUUUCAGAACUGCUGUAUGCUCUACAAUGGUGCAAAGAGCUCCAGUACAGCCCAACGCUCGUGUCUGCCUAUCACAAGCUACUGACUGAAUGGGGACUUUCUGAUGGACUCCAUAGUCAGGUCCUAACGACAACCCUUCUAGAGACACUCUAUUCAAGGUCAGUGAUGGAUGGAGGUCUGUGGUCUCUGACUCUAGAACACUACAUCCACUCCAACGACUUGACGGCCACUCACUGUGCAGCCCUCAGGAAACUUUAUGGGAGUGCAGACAGUUUGUUUCCAGUGUCUCAAAGCAAGCUGAGCACACUUCAGGUGCUUUGUCCCGCUAUGACGAGUGACGACAGAGAGACUCUCAUCACUUUGGCAACUGCUGGAUUAGUCAACUGGCAGGAAAACGACAAUGUGUACGGAUGCCUGGCUGUGCUGCUGUGCUGCCUGAACGUGAACACACAUGUGGAGGAAGAAGUUGUGCAGGCCAUCCUGGCCACUGUGAUGGAAUGGAGGAAUAGCAGGGAGGACUGGUUCCUCUUCAGUUGUGAUCUGUCUGAAGCAGCGUCUGAGCAGUUGAACCUUAACGUGGAGAUGAUGCGUUUCCUGUCCUGGCUGGUGACUCAUUGUCCAGCCGUUCUUGGGGGGAGCCAGUGGGACUUUUUGCUCUGCUCUAUGUUGGCAUGGCUGGAGACCUCCAGUGAGAGUGUGCGCAGUCUGUGGAACCCUUGGGUUCAGGUGUUUGUGUGCGAGACGGCAGCACUGGUGGUGAAGCUAAACCAGUUCUUCGCCUCAUCUGCGUCUGACGUGAUGGAGAAGCUGCCAUCAGAACUGGCUGGUGAAUGGAACGAUUUCUUCGUAGAGGGAAUCUACAACCUGUUGCUACCUUUGCCUGUAAAAAUUGCCGAGGCCUUCACUGAACCAGAUGACCCAGUGUUCCCCACGGCCGUGCUGCAGUCAGUAGGUUUGGCUCUCACUUAUAUCCCAGUGCAGCAGCUAAACCAGAAUUCCCUGCCACCUCGGUUCAUAGCAGACCAAAAGACAAACCUGCCGGAGCCUCUGCAAACGCUCCUCAACACUUUGUGCCCUUUGCUGCUGUUUAAGGCCAGGCCUCUGCAGAUCACUGUGUAUGACUUGUUAGAAAAGGUCAUGUCUCAGCUGCCUGAGUGUGAUGGAGAGGGAGACAACAAUAAAUGUGAUGAUGAUAGAGAUGAGCCGUGUCUUUCUCCCCCAGCCUCGCUCAUGGCCAUCCUGUCAACCUGUGAAGAGCUGUGUGAUAAUAUCCUGGCUGCCGUUCAAGUGGGGGAGUUUGCAGUGGUCCAGCCCCUGAGUGUGGAGUACUCCUGCAUCCUGGGAUACCUGCUGGCAUGGAAGCUGCUUCUCACUUUCUUUAAAUCGUCACCCUCCCAUUUGCGUGCUCAUUAUGCUCAGUACCUGAAGAGAAGCUGCUCCCUCCACAAGCUGCUCCUCCAUCUCUUCAAGCUGAUGCCCGAAAGCCCAACCUGCCCAGGCCAGGGGCCCGAGACAAAGGAGAUCAAAACCUUCUUUUCAGAGAGCCUGCUACUGACAGUUGCUGAGUGUAACAGCGCUGAGUGGGAGCUCCCUCACCUGGCUUGCAGUGUGUAUUACAGCACGGUGCAAGACCUCCCUGCCAUGGUACGGCUGUGGUGGAACAGCCAGGAGAAGAGAGUGAGCGCAGCCGUGGAGAAGUUCACCAUUAAAUACGUCAGUCCUGUACUGUCAGCCCAGGAGAUCGCCUCUGUUCACUCAAGCACUCAGAUGUUUGAAAACAUGACUGUCAAAGCCCGCUCAGCAGCUCGAGAGGUGAUCGCCACAUACUCUGUAGAUGACAUCUUUAUCGAGUUGGUGAUUCAGCUGCCGCAGAACUACCCUCUGGGCUCCAUCGCUGUGGAGAGUGGGAGGCGUGUGGGCGUCGCCGUGCAGCAGUGGAGGAACUGGAUGCUGCAGCUGAGCACCUACCUCACACAUCAGAAUGGCAGUAUCAUGGAAGGUCUGGCUCUGUGGAAGAACAACGUUGAUAAGCGUUUCGAGGGAAUAGAGGAUUGUAUGAUCUGCUUCUCAGUUAUUCACGGCUCCAACUACUCUCUGCCUAAAAAGGCUUGUCGCACCUGCAAGAAGAAAUUCCACUCUGCAUGUUUGUAUAAAUGGUUCACAUCCAGUAACAAGUCCACCUGCCCACUCUGCAGAGAAACAUUCUUCUAACCGUUGGCUCUGAAAAUAAACCAGGACUGGACAUGCAAUGGAAGAUUAUUGUUGAACUCAUGUAGAUAUGAUUUUUAACUCAGUGGAGCAUCAAUGGGUUCAGGAAAUCUUGGGAAAGUGUGAAGUACAGCAGCAUCAAGUACAUACAGUUUUUGUACAAACAUGCCCAAACACAGUUUUGUUGUAAAUAGGCUCCAAGUUCCUUGCUGCAUUUCACAUUCCCAGAUUCACUGAUAAUUUUAUCAUUUUUUUAUUUCUUACUUUUGAAUCCACAUAUAGGCAGAAGAGGGCGAUUCACAGUAUAGUUAGGAAAUUGAAGGUGCUUCAAUGAAUUUGGAAUUGGAAGUUGUUUGAAUCAUUGCAAUGUGAACGACAGUAUACAUAAAUAAUUCCUAAUAUUUAGGAGUGGAGAGACAAUAUGUCUGAUACUUGACAUGCAUUUCACCUUAAAAAACCCCAAAUGAUUGUGUUGGGAGGCCUUUCUUUAUGUCAAAUGCUCCCAAAUAUCAGAACAUAAAAUUAUAUGUCGUACCCUGUGUAUGCAUUCAGCUGUAAUGAUGAUGGGAAAAUAAUUAAAAGGCAAUUGGCUAG